UUUCUCACAGGCCACAGAUAACUCUGCAAUCUGCUCUCACAAUCUCUAUACUGUUCUAUGGCAUGAAUGUUAACAGUUUUCACCUUACAUCUGGACUUCCACUAUCUAAACCGAUGGCCUUCACCACCGGAUUCCGGUUAUUAUGCAGAUACCACCACCGGCUCACUCUCCCAGCUCGAGUGCCUCCAUUUCCGGGGCUCCGAAGAGGAGCGUCGGAGCUCCGGUUCCUCUCCGCCGCGGUUCCUCAGAGGAGACGUGUGCGCCCAGUUUGCAAUGCAUGAACUUGGUCUUUCUUCAAAGAAGCCAUACAAGAAAUGUGCAAGAGUUGUUGGAGAGGUUCUUGGCAAGUUCCAUCCACAUGGAGAUAAUGCUGUUUAUGAUUCCUUGGUGAGAAUGGCACAGCAGCAGAAUUCAGACGCAAUGAAAGUCCCGUCUCAUUUCACUUCUACCUUCAGAUUGAUACAACAUAAACCUGGAAGAAGAAAAAGAAAGAUGUUACUCUUCUAAGAAGACUUGUCCUUGUUGUCUGAAUAGUAUGAUAGAAAAUGAAAUUGGAAAACGUCCUCAUUGCCGUCAUUGUUUAAAUAUGCGGGGUGGAUAUCCUCAGCAGUGAAUAAAGGAAAGAAUUCAUUCCAAGCAUCUGGCAGGGCAGAGUUUUGGGCUAACGAACAUUGUGGAAGAUUUGGAUUUUGUUGGAUUGAAGAAGUUGCAAUGGAGUUAAGGUUUUGGGUUGAAGGUUGUGAGUGAUGGAAGUUUUGCUGGGAUGAAGUUGCAAUGAAGGUAGAGUUUUGAGAUGAAGAUAGUGAGUGAUUGGGGUUACGCAGAGAGGAAGCUACAAUGAAGUUCGGGUUUUGGGCAAAAGAUAGUGAGUGAUUGGGGUUUUGCAUAGAUGAAGUAGUUGCAAUGAAGUUAGGGUUUUGGGUUGGUGAUGGUGGGUGAUUGGGGUUUUGCAUGGUAAAAGUUGCACUGAAGUUAGGGUUUUGGGUUGGAUAUAGAGAUGAAGUUGCAAUGAAGUUUGAGUUUUGGGCUGGUGAUGGUAAGUGAUUGGGACUUUGCCUGGCAAAAGUUGCAUUAAAGUUAGGGUUUAGGGUUGGAUAUGGUGGGUGAUUGGGGUUUUGCAAGUUUGAAGUUGUAGUGAAGUUAGGGUUUGGACAAGGAGUUGGAAUGAGAUGAGAGCUUUGGAGAUUCUUCAUAGGAUUUGUGUUAUUGCUCUUAUAUUCUUGAUUGUUGCCUAUGAUGUUCCUCUUCAUAGGAUUUGUGUUGUUGCUCUUAGAUUCUUGAUUGUUGCAUAUGAUGUUCCUCUUCAUAGGAUUUGUGUUGUUGCUCUUAGAUUCUUGAUUGUUGCAUAUGAUGUUCCUCUUCAUAGGAUUUGUGUUGUUGCUCUUAGAUUCUUGAUUGUUGCCUAUGAUGUUCCUCUCUCCGUGAUAAUAGAU